AUGGUCAUUUAUUACGGCAAGUGGGACACUGGCCACGACGAGCCCCCGCAUCAAGUCGACAUACCGACUGCAUUACGCAACGUUGGUGUUGCUCUCUACGAUGACUCCCGAGCCUACGACGUCUACAUACGCUACAUCCGCGGCAAGGACCUCUACGACACAUGGAGCAUCAGGCAGCUGCAGGAACUUUGCAACGAAAAGCGUCUGCGACUUCGAGGCAUGCCCGCCGUCUAUCCUGGCCCAGUGUCCCACCCCUGGGUUCAAGAGAGCUUUCGGCGCCUGCAUGCAUUUCUCGUAGAAGCUCUGGAGAAGUCCGAAAUUGCUACAACAUUCGAAAGAUUUCUCGACCUCCACAAAGGCUUGAGGUUCAAAAUCUAUAAAAGGCACUUCAACCAGCUCUGCGAUGAAACUGGCUUGACUCCACUAGUCGCUCCACCAGCAAUCACAUUAACCUCCCACCAGGUUCGCAAAGAGGCACUUCCAAUCUUCUUCAAACGCAACUUCGUCCUACGAACCACGACGAAGGACCCAACUCUCCACGCAUCUUUCCUGCCACCCCCUCCAGCACCAGGUCUCGGCUCACUCCCAGACGCCAAAGAUCGUAAGCGGACCGUCUCCAGCAGAUUCCCCAAAGCACCUUCAAGCUACUCCAUCAACAUCAGACGUCUCAGCCUCUGCAGAUUCUCGACCACUGGGGACCGAGCAGAUGGUGGUGUUUGGUAUAUUGAUCUUGACGCUGAGAAGGUUGAGAAGCGCGUCACUUGGAUUGCUGGAGCUGGGCAUGGAGAGCGAUUCGAUGAGAAGGGAAAGAAGAAGGUGGAGAAGGGUAUUGCUGAUGCUACGUCUAGGUUGCGGAAGUGUGUGGAUGUGAUGAUGGAGAGAGAUGGAAAGUUGCUGGGAAGUGAUUCUUUGAUUUUCAGGGAUGCGAUCGAGAGCAAUGGCAAGAAGUGA